CCACCCCCUCAGGCUACACACACACUCCCUUGAGCAAAUCUCAGCCAGAAUUUUUGUUCCAGUCAUACCAACAACCAAGUCAACAGCCACCUGGAGAGACAGGGCUGACUUCAGCUCUUCUGGGGGUUUCAUUCAAAACCCAACCUGUUUGAAGGUGAAAGGGCUGUGGGUGUGAAGAGGCAGGGCCACAAACAAAAUAAGGAUUCAGCAGUAAUCUGGCCUAUAUCUUGGCAUCCAGAAAAGUCAGAAGGUUCUUACUGAAAACAGAGGAGCGGCUGAACCCGAGGAACUUGUGACUUGCUGGAACGGUGGCUCCAGCACUCUCCACCAACACCCCACUUUGCCAAGGUGAGUUAGAGUCAAGGAUCCGGACACCACUUCUUCCACAUCAGCCAACCAUCUGCCCUGAGGAGUGAACAAGCAGCCUCUGUUCCAGGACCCACCAGAGUCUUCAGCCCCCUGAAGAAUGUCCAAGCAGGAUUUGAGUGUCACAGCAAAGGUCAUCAAUGGAGGCAUAGCAGGGUUCCUGGGGGUGACCUGUGUGUUCCCCAUUGACUUGGCCAAGACUCGACUUCAGAACCAGCAUGGAAAAGAUAUCUACAAAGGAAUGAUAGAUUGCCUGAUGAAGACGGCGAGGGUAGAGGGCUUUCUGGGCAUGUACCGAGGAGCUGCAGUGAACCUCACCUUGGUCACUCCAGAGAAGGCCAUUAAGUUGGCAGCCAAUGACUUUUUCCGACAGUUGCUCAUGGAAGAUGGGAUGCAGCGGAAUCUGAAAAUGGAGAUGCUAGCUGGAUGUGGAGCUGGAAUGUGCCAGGUGGUGGUUACCUGUCCCAUGGAAAUGCUCAAGAUUCAGCUGCAGGAUGCUGGGCGCUUGGCAGUGCAUCAUCAUGGUUCGGCCUCAGCACCUUCCUCUAGGUCCUAUACCAUUGGAUCAGCUUCCACACAUAAGCAUCCAUCUGCCACCAUCAUUGCCUGGGAGCUGCUUCGAACCCAGGGCCUGGGUGGUCUCUAUAAAGGUUUGGGUGCCACUCUCCUCAGAGAUAUUCCCUUCUCCAUCAUCUACUUCCCUCUGUUUGCCAACCUCAACAACCUUGGUUUCAACGAACUUACUGGGAAAGCUUCCUUUGUUCAUUCCUUUAUGUCAGGCUGUGUUGCAGGUUCCAUAGCGGCUGUCAUAGUAACACCUCUGGAUGUUUUGAAAACUCGAAUCCAAACUCUCAAGAAAGGUCUGGUUGAGGACAACUACAGUGGGAUCACUGACUGUGCCAGGUGAGAGCCCUGUAUUCCUUUACAGAUGUGGCUGGGACAGUUCCCUGUGUUGGUGUGCACCUAGACUCAAACUACAGAACAGUUUUAUCACUAUACAUUGAAGUCUGUAUUUCUUUGAAUUCUGUUGCUUUCCUUUACCUCAACAAAAGCAGGCUGUACUUGGAGCUUUUUUCUUUGCAUCCCUACAGUAUCUUUCUCCCAGAAGUCUAGCAAGUUGAGCCA